AUGAACUUAUCAGGAGCAUACGCGGCGAUCCAAGCGCUAGCACUCAUAAAGGUAGACGAUGGUAUGGAAUUCUGCGUGGACUUCAUCCCUUUCAAGGUGGCCAGCAAGUCCGUUUCUGCCUCGAAACACUCAUAUUGCUCUGGCAACUUGAUGGAGGAGACGCGUCUAGAGUAAGUUAUUGAGUUUGGUUUUUGAUUUCGGAUUUUAGUAGCUACUUACUGUCUGCCACUGUUACAAAGCCACGGAUCUUGCCUCAAGGCACAGACAUUCGCGCUGUCGUUCUGGUUGGAGAGAAGAGCACGGAGUAAGUUUUUGUUUUGUUAUUAAUUUUUUUAAUUAUAUAUAUUUAUUUGUAAAGUUUGUAAAAUAACAUACUGUUAUUUUACAGUAUGUUAUUUUACAUAUUCUUUAGAUAAUACCGUAUUUUUAGUGAAUCAACUUCUGUCAAUUUUUAUUCAUUGGUAAGAGGCGCUGCAUCUGUUCUUUUGGGAUUUGUCGUAAAGCCAAAUGGUGGACUUGAGGCCAGCACUGCAAACGAGCACGUGUUUUACCAAAGGUGCGGCGAACUCAACACGGUACGCUACAAGUACAUUGCUCAAGCCCCGGAGUUUGCUCCUUUGAAGUUGAACGACGUAAAAGUGUGCGGUUCACAGUUUGGUCACACUUCAAAUGGCACACUCUGGAUGGAUAAGGGUGAAUGUCGGAAGUUGGUGCUCGAGGGUGGUGCGAGUAUGAUGCCAGUUCCGUGCUUUGAUGAAAGUGAGCUCAUGUUCACGAUUGUAAGUUUUUUGUUUUGUAGUAGUAUUAGCGUCAAGUUGUGUGAAAAAAUUUUGGAAUUUAUUUUAACUUUUUGUUUUAAGGGCAAGAAAAGUCGUUUUACUUUUGGCUGGUUUAAAACCUUGAUUUGUUUUUGUUUUAGCAAGCGCUGGUGCACCGCAACUUUGACUUCAAAGAGCAUUUCACUGAGGAAGAGAUCAACACCACGUUGGCCUACGUCUACGUUCGGUAAGUUUACGUCAGUUGUUUCGUUUUGUGAGUUGUUCUUCUAAAUUUGUUGAUGAAUAUGCAGUUUUUGAAACUUUGUGUUUUGUUUUUCACUUUAUGUUAUCUUUUUUGGUUUUUGGAAUGGAUGUAUAACUAUACGUCUGUUCUUUAUAAAUAUUAUUUGGCUUUUAGCGAACAAGUUUAUAAAUUAGUUUUUAUCAUUACAGCGAAAUUCCCACCUCUUCCACGCCAGGUACGGAUGCUGUUGAUGUGAGUCAUAGUACGGCAAAAGAAGGGUCUACUGUCACUGAAGAAAUAUUUGAAAUUGACGAUGACGAGGAAGAAAAAAAUGUGAGUUUUUUGAAUAAAAUGGAUUUUUUAAAACCCCUCCUCCCCCCCCCCUCGGAAAACUUCUUUUGUAUAUAAAAUCUCAAAAAAAAGCUGAACGUUGUUUUUUUUGUUUUUUUUUGUUUUUUUUUCACCGCCCUCUCUCUCCUACCCUCCCUUGUCCUCCACACUGAAAUUGUUCUCUCGCUACUAAUUAAAUUAGUUUUUGAUCUAGACUAUUGAUAUUUUAGGCUAACGACGCUUGUUAUCAUCAGCGCGGUUCUUUUCGUGGUUAUGUUAUUUUGUGUCAUCGGUAUUGUGGUAUAUCUGUUCCUGAAACCGCAGAAAGUGGUCUACCCGGAUCUCCCAACGCCUGUCGUAGAAAGAAGAAGACACGUGCCAGACCUGCAUCUCUUGAACCAAGCCCAGCGCCAAAAGGAAGUGGUGAAGCUGUAGAUCAAGGUCAAGCUCUAGAUCAACAUCCGUCCGCAAAAUGA